AUGUUUCGAUGGUACCGCAACUCGAGCCUGUGCUUAGCCCUCCUGUCUGAUGUGGACAAGUCCGACUUCGUGUCCAAUGCAGAGCUGCAGAGGCGCGUCCCAUCAUCCUGCCGAUGGUUCACCCGAGGUUGGACCCUGCAGGAGCUCCUGGCCCCCGAUAAUUUGGUCUUCUUUGAUGUCAACUGGAAGGAGCUUGGCCGGCGUUCUACGUGGGCGUACUACAUUUUCAAAGCUACUGGUAUUCAUCCCAAGUUUCUUUCAGGCAUCAAGCGGAAUUCUUUCAAAAGUUGGGAUCUUGAGGCCGUCCUUAGAGACACCAGCGUUGCAACCAAGAUGUCGUGGGCCGCCGGCAGGCAGACAACAAGAGUCGAGGAUCAAGCAUACUGCUUGCUCGGCUUGUUCGAUAUCCAUAUGCCAAUGCUGUACGGCGAGGGAAAAAAGGCGUUUGCUCGGCUACAACAAGAGAUCAUGAAGUCUACCGACGACUGCACUCUGCUAGCCUGGGGCUACAACGAGCCACUGCUUGGAGCCCCAGUCUCAGAGAUCCCCUUUCUUUGUCGCUGUUGCCGCUGUGACCAGCACAAGUCGAAUGAGAGGCAGAAUAUCAUCUCAUCCUCCUUUGAAUCCCGCACACCGCUUCCCCCUUAUCGUCACCUUCCAAGCUGUGCUUAUGCUGGUGUAACCACUGAUUCCCAAGAUGGAGUGCUGGUUGAAGCCCAACCUCUCAAAUAUCUUAGCGGCCACAAUGCUGGUGGCCGGCCAAGACCCCUCUUUGCAACCUCACCCCAGGACUUCAGGUUAGCCGGAGGCCUUGAGCCUUGCGGUAUACCGGGACACAAGCGGCCAGCGUUUUCCAUGAGCCAGCGUGGACUCGAGAUCAGUCUGCCCAUAGUCAAAGACGAGUCGCAUCAGCACAUCGUCUAUGGUCUACUAGCCUGCAGCCCCAAGGUGAAAACGGAAGAAUCCUACCUAGUCACAGUCCCAUUGAUCCGCUCAUCUGUCAUAGAUGCGGCGUCAGCAGGCCACGAUGACGAGUACGUGCAAAGCCCAUUCUGUCUUCCCUGCAAAGUUCCCGUUUCCUUCUCCGCGAAAGCAGAGAGGAUGAGUAUUUGCAUCCGCGACCAAGAUCGCUAUCGUCGCUUAUGGGAUUCCGUUGGCUACUUGGAGAGGCCCUUGAUAUUCGACUUCGGACAUUCGCUGGCAACUAAGAAGGAGGGAAGCACUUUGCGCCUGGAGCUGAUGUAUCCCUCCCAACCACUGUGUAGCAUGUAUUUCACGCUUCUGCGUAACAGCUGUCCAUAUAAUUCGAAAUCUUGUGCACCAUCCUACAUGUGGCCCGGGGGAGCAAGCUUGAAUAGCCCAGGUUGGUGGUCGUACCACCUCGCUCGGCCUCCCCCCGGGUCUUGCGUCUUGCCAGACGUUGGCCAUCCCUGGGACAAGAAUAUCCAAAAGAAAGUCCAAUACGCUCCAGACACCACCAUUGCAGCUGCCGUCCUAAACUUUGAUCCAUUUUCUCUGAAUCCUAUUAGGCCGUAUCAAACAAGAAUCCUUCUGGUGGUGUCUUUCGAAUUUUCUUGCCGAUUGAAAAAGUUGGGGCCCGACGAGGUAGUCACCUUGCAAACUCUCAUGACUGUUGCCACAAAGCCAGAGCUGGCGGGCCCAAAGCUGGAGUUCAAGCGCAGAGAAGUUGAGGAUCACGGAGGGUGGAAAGAGGGACGUCAUGUCUACGAAAUGCCUGAUGGCAUAGAGCUGUGUCUGCGGACGUGGUUUUGA